GCUCUUGCGGAAACUCGACGGAGAGCUGCAGGGGGGCUUGAGGCCCCGGCACCUGGCAGAAGUGCUCACGAGCCUCGGCUUUGAGCCCGGCGCCGCAGAGAGAGUGGUCAGCCUGUUUCGCGAAGCGACGGGCAUCCCUGAAGACGAGCCGCAGGAGCGCCUCCAUGUAGCAUUCAUCGAGUGGUUGUGUGACAUCCACGACGAGGCAAAAGGUGGUUCCUGCGGGAGCGAGAGUGUAACGGAAGCGCCAGCGCACGAGGCGGCCGAGGAGGACGACGAGCUGCCCUUGCCGCUGGACCUCAACGCAGAUCUGCGGACGGGCGACGAGCGACAGCGUCAGGUCUCUGCGGGGUCUGAGAUGACCGCCAGCGUGACCGCCAGCUUCGGCGUUGGCUCCGAGGCAGAAAGCGCUUUCUCCAUGGACAAGAGACCAGGUCAUCCAAAGCUCUACACGAGGAGACCGUCCAUGAUGAACAAGCCAAAGCCCACCCUCAAGGGCAUCGGGCGCCGGCUGAGUGUUGAGAUCUCCGAGCGCAUCUUGGAAGAACUCGACGAGUCGACCCCUUGGGCCAGCUCCUUGAAGCCGGACUUCAUGACCGACAUCAAGGAAGAGGAGCCCGGAUCGAGGACGAUCUUAAUCUUCGAUUGGGACGACACGCUGCUUCCAACCACGGCUUGCACCGCCGACAUGCGUGCCGAGCCCACUGACGAGCAGCGGCCCGCCAUGGAGGCCCACGCGAAGCUUGUCAGCGACACUCUUCGCCUCGCCUCCUCCAUUGGCCGCGUGGGCAUC